AUGGAAGUACCUUUCCAGUCUUCUGGUGGGCCUUCUCAUCAGUCCAAAUCUCCUCUAGUAGCGUGUGCUGAUGGUAGUAGUAGUUAUAAUAGUUGUAAUACAGUUGCUAUCAUUAUUGAUGUCGUCUGCAAUUGCUGUCGUGUGAAGGUUGAAGAUGGUGCUGGCGGUCGUGAUGGUGGCAGUCGUGGUGGUGGUCGCGGUGGCGGCGGUCGUGGUGGCGGCGAUUGUGGUGGCGGCGGUCGUGGUGGUGAUGGUGGUUGUGGUGGUGAUAGUGGUGAUCGUGGUGAUUGUAAUGACGGUGCUAGUGUUGAUAAUGGUUGUGGUGUCCCUGUUAUGGUGGUCUUUGUGAAGAACUGCAUCAAAAUUGGCGGCAAGACGUCUGUAUAUUUCCAUAUAUUUGAUGAACAUCUUCAUAUCUUUAAAGGAAUGUGUGAUGGCAACAGAGAAGCAAUAUGUGUGCAUCCAACAGGAUAUACUGGAUUUUAA